AUGCACACGAGCAUCGUCGUCGCUGACGGCAUACGCGACCUCGACAGUGUUGUCAACAUUCACUUCUACCUCGAGCACGACAACCUAUGCUACGGGGAGCAGCAACCCGGCCCAGAGCUCCGAUGCUGGCUCUACGACUAUCACGAGCACAACUUUGAGCUACGUAACUCCAGUUCCACGACAAAGUAUCCAGUCACGUCUAGCAUCCCCGUUGAUGAGGACUACUGUCUCCAAGCACUUGAGUCGCAGGGCCAGAUUGCCUCAACAGACUGUUCGGCAUCUUUGUUUGAUACAACAAUCACGACUGGAGCCAGCACCGUCACUGAGACUCUAACCACCACGAUCAUUGAGAGCGUGGAAAACACUGCCGUCGAAGUUCAUCCCACGACGAGACCGGCAACCACGGAGAUUUCUCUUCAUACCAUCACAGUCACUAGCACGGCCUUUGUGGCUGACGUCGUUACGUCCUUGAGCACCGAUCUGACGACGGAGACCGUCACGGUUGGGCAGCCAACCACGACCACAUCACUGCAGCACACAAGCGUCUUGGUGCUGAAAAGAGGAGUGCAUGCUCGAGCGGGGACCAUUCCCGCCUAUGCGGCAGCCGCGUGUACCGGCUGGGACGCGUAUGCGUCCGCCUGCGGCCGGUUGGGCAUCUCGAGCUCAACCACAACCAUUACCACAACCGUCACCGAGACUGGGCCUGCGUUGACAACCUCGGCAACCACCACGUGGACCACAGUCACGUCCAUUUCGCUCGACGUGUCGUCUGCCACAGCCACCACGUCGACGACCCAGACGGACCUGACCACUGCGACAAGCACGACCACCACGACGCAGACUCUGACUGCGACCGCCCUGCCACCCGCUACUGUGGUGACCAAGCGGUGCACUUUGAAAUACGCGCCCUUUGCCCUCCGCAUACUCAGCGCGAACGCCGGCAUGUUCCGCUGGCUCGAGCUACACUGGGAAGAUAUGAGCACCAUCACGCGCCGGCUGGUCUGGGUAGACCUGCAGGCACCGCGUUUAGUCAGCAGCUUUAAUCUCCCAACGCUCGCUGGCCCAGCUGGCGUAUUCCAGAGCACCGGCGGCUUCAGGGUGUACCCGGUAGUGGCCGUCUUUGACUUGCCGCCGCCGGGGCAGCAGCAGACCCAGUCCGUCCGUCCACGCAUGACCAGUCGUGAUAUUGCCGCUACUGCCGUCAGGGUGGGGACUGCCCGGCACAUGUUCGCGUGCAGGGACGCCGACACGGGCGCGUUCUCGCUGCACGGCGAAGGGGGCAGGGUUAAUAUUCUCGACUGCGAGGGCAAGAUGUUCCUGUCUUCGGGGGAUGGGAGCGACACGGGCUUGUCCUGUACGAUUGUGGUGCCGACAAUUGUGUACUUUUGA